GGAAGAAAUUCUUCUAUCAGACAAAAAGAAAAAGGAAAAGGGCGACAAAAAUCAGAAAACAAACCAUUUUUGGGUGGGCAGUAGGAAGCAAAGACCCGGGCAGCCAGCCAGCCACCAGUGUUCAUCAUCUUCUCCUUCUUCUUCUUCUUUCUCUUUACCCCCCGAUCCCCUCGAAGAAUUUCUCUCUCUCUCUCUCUGCCUGCGCAGCAACUAAACUGAAAUAAGUAACAUCUUUGAAGAAUUUAAGGAAAGUGUUCGUUCCCAUCAGAAGCCAACGAAAAGUGACACCAAAGACUUGGUUCCUCUCUAAUUUGGCUUGCAAUCUGAGUGAAGUCGGGAUUGAGCUUCAAACUAAAGCCGGUUUUAUGUAGAGGAAUCCUGCACAGCGGGAAUUUGCUAAAACCCUAAUUCUCUAGUAAGUCAUUUGGUGAGCUGUGAGAAAAUUUUCUGGCCAAUGGAGGCUGCAGCAUUUGAUGCCGGGGUUCAACAACCAGAAGGAGAGGAGAACUUAAUCGAAGCUGCGAAGCAAAUUGUGAAGGCUUUAGGGUCGGGAAAGAAUCUCACGGAUGAUGCAAGGAAAAUUUUGGCUGACCUGGGCACCCAAUUGUCCACCAUAAACAUAAUCAGUGAGGACAAGGACGGCGACAUAGGCGAGCUCGAGGCACAGUUGGAUGCAAUUCAGGAGAAGAUUGCGAAUUGGGAGGCUGACCCGUCUAUGAUAUGGGAUUCAGGUCCCGAUGAAGCUGGUGAGUAUAUGAAUGCCACUCUAGAAGCCCAAAGAUUGAUUGAAAGAUUGGAGAAUUUUUGCCCUGGUGGUGGUGGUGGAGAUGAUGCUGGUCGAAGGGAUUUGCUACGCAGGGGGCACGAUGUGCUUCAAAUGGCAAUGGCAAGGCUCGAGCAGGAGUUUACACACUUGCUUGUACAAAACCAGCUACCAUUUGAGCGAGACAAUGUAGCAUCUUUCCGUUCAAGUGAAGAUGAUGGUCUCGAUUUCAACUCGUUUGUCUCCACUGGUGAUGAUCUUGAGGACCCGAGUAAUCGAGAUAGCAGCGUCAGCAGGAGCUGGGAGGAACUCACCAUUGAUAUGGUACACCCUGAUGCUAUCCCAGACCUUAGAGAUAUUGCUGAGUUGAUGUUUGCUUCCGGUUAUGGUCACGAAUGUUCACAAGCAUAUAUCACUGUUAGAAGAGAUGCCUUGGAUGAGUGCCUGUUCAUUCUCGAAAUGGAGAAACUGAGCAUCGAGGAUGUACUGAAAUUGGAAUGGGGGAGCCUUAAUUCCAAGAUUAAAAAGUGGAUCCGAGCUUUGAAACAGUUUGUCCGAGUCUAUCUUGCCAGCGAGAGUUUCCUCAGCGAGCAGAUCUUUGGACAGCUCGAGCAAUCAUCAUGGUCAGUUUGUUUCAUCGAGGCGUCAAAGGGAUCAAUGCUGCAGCUGUUGAACUUUGGGGAAGCCAUAUCUAUUGGUCCUCACAAACCAGAGAAGCUCUUCCCUAUCCUCGACAUGUACGAGACCAUUUCAGGUAUGAUUCCCGACCUAGAUUCUCUAUAUGCAAGUGGAGCUGGUUCGUGUGUUAGAAUCGAUUGCCACGAGCUUCAGAGAAGGUUAGGUGAUUCAGUUAGGGCAGCAUUUUUGGAAUUUGAGAAUGCCAUCGCGACGAGCACUUCAACAAUAGCUUUCGCUGGAGGAGGGAUCCACCAUUUGACACGCUAUGUUAUGAAUUACCUCAAUACACUCACUGACUACCAGGAAUCGUUGAAUUACCUCCUGAAAGACCACGAUAGACAGAAUGCUGUUGUUAUGUCGCCUGAUCUAUCUCCGUCAACAAGGCAAGAAGACGAUGCCAGCGGGGAACCUGCUGCAGACGAUUACGCCACCAUGGCUCUACACUUCAGGUCGGUCACCUCGAUCCUGGAGUGCAAUCUUGACGACAAGUCAAGGCUGUACAGGGAUCCAUCCUUGCAGCAUGUAUUCAUGAUGAACAAUGUCCACUACAUGGCACAGAAGGUGAAGAAUUCAGCAGCAUUAAGGCACGUGUUCAAGGACGAGUGGAUCAGAAAGCGCAACUGGAAGUUCCAGCAGCACGCAAUGAGCUAUGAGAGAGCCACGUGGAGCUCCGUGCUGUCCUUGUUGAAAGACGAAGGCAACUCCCAUCCGGGAUCGGUCUCUAAAGCUCAACUCAGGGACCGGCUGAAGAACUUCUACGUGGCGUUCGAGGACGUUUACAGGACGCAGACAUCAUGGAUCAUCCCCGACGCUCAGCUACGCGAGGACCUACGAAUCUCGACCUCGCUCAAGGUCAUCCAAGCUUACCGAAUGUUCAUCGGGAGGCACACGAACAACAUCGGUGAUAGGCAUGUUAGGUAUAGUGCUGACGAUUUGCAGAAUUAUUUGCUGGAUCUGUAUGAAGGGUCUCAGAAGUCAUUGCACAAUCCUCACCGUAGAUGAUGAUGAUUAUUAUUAUUAUGAUAGUAAAGGGUAUUUGUAUUAGUAUUCGUUAAUCCAGCUACAGAUCAUUAGGCUUUUCUUUAAUCAUAUACAUGUGUAGUUAUGUGCAUCAUGGAAGUUGUAUUUUCUGCAUCAAUAAUUAUGAGAUAUAUGAUGGGGUUCGAAGUUCAAACGUAUGAAGUUGGUCAAUUUUGGAUUGCUUUGACGAGCUUUCAAUAUUGAAUGGUC